GUGCAACUAAAGUGACAAAAUAAAGUGAAUUCUUUUCUUACUGAAUAAAUCUGUAAUGUUAUAAUGGCGUCUGCAAAUGCAAAAACUUUCCCAACUGUUAUUGUAACGGGACUGCCAGUGAAUGACCAUGUUGAAAAGUCGUUAAGGAAUUGUAUUGACCAAACAAUUGGCCCAACUAAUGUUGUAAAGAUCGAACAGCUAGGGGGAAGUUAUGUGGUUGCUGUUACUGAUAAUAAAUAUUGCUAUGCUUUGCGAGGGGCAGAUCUUGUUGUGUCUUACCGUGGCAAGAAAUAUGUACCGAAUGUCAAACCCGGACAAAGAAUGAGAAAUCCCUCACUUAAUGACCAAGAUGUGUCAGAGUUCAAACAAAGAACAAGAUACAGCAGUGGAGGGAAUAAGUUUGCAUUUGACUCAAUACCCACAGCAGUUUUGAUAUAUGUCCAUAAGUCUAAAGUACAUAUUGCUCAAAUGAAACGAGCUUUACAAGAAUAUGGAGAUGCAAAUGUUAUUAAAGAAGGGAAAGUUGUUAAAGUGGAAGUUACUUGUCAUCAGCCAUGUUCAUAUAAUGAAGUAGAGGAAGCAGUGGACGAGUUCUUUGACCAAUUUUCGGAUGAAAAUGAGAAAUUUCCCAUAAAUGACUUAAAACAGGCAUUGCAAAAGCAGCCUCAAAUAUUUGAAGCGAGUCCAAGUGACAAAUCCAGUCAUCUCAAAUAUUUUGUUGAUACUGGAUAUGUGAGGAUUACUGGGUUGUCCGGUGCUGUUCAGCAUAGAAUGAAACAGAUUAAGAAAGCAAUGAAAGGAAGGGAAGCUGAGAUACGUUCAUCAACACAAAGUCCUUCAUCAACAAAACAACAGCAUGGACUUCUCGAGUUUAAAUACGACCAAGAGAAAUCCAUCAUUCAGUUUGUAAGGAAAGAAAAGCGUUUUCUGAAUGAUUUAAACUUGCUUAUGAAUCAAAAUAUGGCAACUGUUGAAUCAAUCAAGGAUGACAAAGCUGUUUACUUUCUUGUGCGAUCCAAAGGCAACCCAACAAAACAGCAAAGAAAGGAUGGAAAAUUUGAAGGAAAUCUACGCCAAAUUCUGGACAAAUUUUUCUCUAAUUUCCUCACAGUAAAAAAAGUUUUUGAUGUUGAGAUUUUAAAACAACAAAAAAAAUUAAAUCGACCGUUUUUCGAUCAAAAAACCCCAGGACUUUUUGUUCAAGUUUAUGAAGAUACUGGAACAGUUAUCGCAACUGGACUAAAACAAGUUGUUAUGGAUUUCAUUCAAGGGUUAAAUGCUGUUAUGCCUGCCAAUUCGCAAAGUUUCAGUGUUGUCCAACCCCAAAGUGUUCCCGAACAUAACAGUUCGUUUGACUUUAACGUGAAAGACAAGCAAGUUCUUAGGUUUGUGGGGUAUUCUUCAAAAUAUAAAGAAGAACUGGAGAGCUUAAGUGAUGAUGGUUACAAAGUGAAAGUCGUUAUUAAGGAAUCAAAGAUCACCAUUAAAGUUACACCACUUGAAGAGGAGGCAGAAAACCAGGCAAAUGUAGAACUUACGGAGUUCUUUAGCCAUUUCUCAUCCAAAGUUGUCAAACUUGAAAAAGACAAAGUAAAAUCUAUUAAAGCUCGACUUCCGGCCAUCCUUCAAUACGAGAGAGGCGGUGACGUUUAUAUGCAGGAGCGUGAAAAUAAUAACAAGAUAGAUAUCACAUUAUCUGGAAUUAAGGAAGAAGUGGAGAUGAAAGUUAAACAAAUAAAUAAAGCUGCAGAUUUUGAAACGAAGACAGAAAGAUUCCCACAUUUUGUUUACAGAGCGAUCAUAGCAUGCGGUUUAUAUGAAGAUGUUCAACGUUUGUGUGGAGAUGUUGAAAUAAGCCUACAAGAUCCAAUAUCUUCACUUGAGUAUUGUGGGCCUUCCCAUAAAGUUGAAGAAGCGACAUGUCACUUGAAGAGAAUGGUGCAGAACCUCCAUGAAGAAACACCCGAGUUUUCCACAGAAAUCAAAUCAUUCCUUGCUGGUGUUCUUCAACUGGAAGAUUCAAAUCUUGAAGAAAACUUGUUACAAUUAUUACAAAGUGAUCUUAAAGCCACAUUUUCUCUUCCCGAUGGCGAGCUUCACAUUAUUGCCAAGUCACAAUCUAUCUUCAAUCAGUAUUGUGAUGUCAUUAAGGACAAGAUAGUGACUUGCGAGUUAGUGGAUCAAAAUUUGGAGAAGUUGCAACAAAUGAAAGAAAUUCAACACUUUGGAAAAUUGAGAAUUAACGGAAAGUUACUGUUGGUCAUCUUUAAAAAGGAAUAUGUGCAAAUUACCGGCGAAAAAUCUUUGGUUUUGGCAUGGAAGAGCAAAAUUGAGUCUGAUCUUGCCCAACUGCAGCAAUGUUCACACGAAAUCAUGCUCACAAAACAUGCACGUGAUUUUGUAAUGAAUGUUUGGGAUAGUUCCAUGAAAAGCAAAGUUGUGAUUCAAGAAAUAAGAGAUCAGAUUCAAGUGAAAGGGAUGGUUGAUGAUGUCACAUUGGUGGUCAAGCGAAUGAAAUUAUUAGAAAAACAAAUUAAAAUAAAAACCAAAGUUUAUAAAAAGCACGGUUGUGUUCAUUACUUCCAAAGUCCCAAUGCAAAGACAAUGCUGAAAUCGGUUGGGGCAAAAGCUAAAGUUGGAAUAUCUUGGAUCAAAUGUUCGGCCACAGUUCAAGUUCAACCACAAGUUAGUUCCAUUCAAAAGUUUGGCGGUAUUGAGGUUGCUGCAAUGUCUGGUGACAUCACAAAGCAUGUUUGUGACAUGGUAGUGAAUAGUGCUCCAACUAACUACGAGUUAAAUAAAGGAGAAUUAUCCAGGGCAAUAAUAGCAGCAGGGGGACAACAGGUUGCCCAGGAAUGCCUUAACCCGAUAGUUUCGUCCAAGAACUACCGAGUGACAUCUGGUGGUCAACUACCAUGCAAAUACAUCUGUCACUUGGUGGUGCCAUCUCACCAACCAGAUCUUGAACUUGCAGUUUUCAAAAUUUUGAGAAGAGGGCAUAAGCUUGGAGUGUCUUCAGUUGCUUUUCCAAGCCUUGGCACUGGUGGAAGAGGGUUACCACCAGACAUGGUAGUGACAAGCAUAGUUGAAGGAAUCCUUAAGUUCUCAACAAACUAUCCAUCUACAAGUAUUGGAAAAGUUGGCUUGGUUCAUUUCAACCAAAAUGAAGUUCCGCUAAGUUUGUCAAUCAUCGAGUCAAAAGUCUCAAACAAUCCUGUUGCGGAAAUUGUAGAGUUUAUUGAAGUCAAGAUUACUGGGGAAACUAAUGAAAAUAUUCGCGUGGGUGAAGCAAGGUUGGAUAAGCUGCUUGAAGGCAAAAUAACAACAGAACAAUUACAUCAAAAUGAUCUCAACCAAUUGUCACAUCUUGAAUUGAAUGAAAUCAAUUCUUUUGCUGAAAAGAUACCAGAUGUUAAAAUUACUGUUCAAGUUGCCAAACAAACCAUUGACAUUGAAGGCACGAGUGAAAAAGUCAAAGAUGUGAAGAUGGAAGUUGUAGGUUACUUGAAAUCAUUGGAGACUGCCACCAUAUCGUACAAACUAUUCCAAUGGCAAUAUUGUGACAAUACUGGAAAGUGGAAUAAUUAUCCAAAGAUGGCGUCGUAUAAGAUUGAACAAGGAGCUCAGGGGUCAGUGUUGAGCGUUCCAACCAAAGCUGGCACACAUUUCGUCAAUAAACAAAACAAAAUGUUUCAAAUGAAUUCAACAGUUGGAAAGAUAAGAAAAAUGUCAACAGGUUUGUACCACAAGGAUUUUCCAGAACACUGGGCUCCAAUGGGAGGGGAAAGUUUGUUGAAAGCAAAACUUAAUGAUGAAAGUGACGAAUAUAAAAGAAUAUGCAAGUUGUUCCAUGCAAGUAGUAAUGGUGGGAUGAUUGUGCAGAUUGACAGAAUACAAAAACCCGUUCUUUACCGCCAAUAUGCAGCCAUGCGUGAAGAGGUACGGAGUCAUGUGACUGCUGACCACCUAGUGGAAAGAGAGUUGUUCCACGGGACGACAUUAGAUGUUUACGAGCAAAUAUUGAACACAGGUUUCAAUAGAAGUUACGCUGGAAAGAAUGGCACAAUGCUUGGAAAUGGCGUUUACUUUUCCACCACCUCAAGUUACUCUGAUAGAUAUGCAAAGCAAACCCCACUGACUGGGCGAAAAAGUUUAACAAAAAUAAUGUUCGUUGCGUCUGUGUUGACUGGAGAAUAUACCAAAGGUAAUCGUGACCUUAAAGAGCCACCAAAUAAACCUGGUACAAGUCACACAUAUGAUAGCGUUGUUGAUAAUGUUGCCAACCCAACUAUGUUUGCUGUGUUCAAAGAUGCAAGUGUCUACCCUUCCUAUCUUAUUAGUUAUUUAUAAGAAACAAAAAUAUAUACACCGUAGUAGCAACUGGAAGCAGUAUUAUGUGUUGACAUAUUUAAGAUGAAGUAAUAUUCGAUAUGUAAUAUUUCUUGCAUGCUACAAAAGAGUUUAACUCUUAAAAAAAUAUGGUUAAAAACAAAAAAACAAGACAAAAAAGAACAAAUUUUAAUCUGAUGUAGCAGUAGGUGAAAAUGAUUUAUUUUUGUAUGUAGUAAUUCUGUAGCAUAGCUCUCACUAUUUCUUUUGAAUUUUCAUAUGAAAUAAAAAUUUAAAAAGUUUUAUACAACUUUAUUUUUUAAUUGUUUUUCUUAUUU